UUACUGUAGUGUAUUCAAACAUCACCGUACCGAGCGUCCUCAUGACAGCGUGGUGACGUCGCCGACGCGCUGCUACGUCCCCGCAGAGGGAAAGAGGAGGAGAAGAGCGAAAGAUGGCGACCUCAAACAAUCCACGGAAAUUCAGCGAGAAAAUCGCUUUACAUAACCAGAAACAGGCCGAGGAAACGGCGGCUUUCGAUGAGGUGAUGAAAGACCUGAGCAUCACCAGAGCGGCACGGCUGCAGUUACAGAAGACUCAGUAUUUACAGCUGGGACAGAGCCGUGGGCAGUACUAUGGAGGAUCCCUGCCCAAUGUGAACCAGAUCGGCAGCAGCACCAUCGACCUGCCCUUCCAGACUGCUUUCCAGACAGCAGGACUGGACACAAGCCGAUCAACCCGACAUCAUGGACUGGUGGACAGGGUGUACCGAGACCGGAACCGGCUCAGCUCUCCACACAGACGCCCGCUGUCAGUGGACAAGCACGGGCGCCAGAUUGAUAGCUGUCCCUACAGCUCUGUUUACCUGUCCCCCCCACCGGACACCAGCUGGAGAAGGACCAAUUCAGACUCUGCCCUGCAUCAGAGUACCAUGAACCCCAACCCACAGGACACCUUCACAGGAGGAUCACAGGACAUGCAGCACAAAAGAGUGCUUUUAUUAACAGUACCCGGCACAGAAGAAAAUGAAUCGGAGACGGACAAAACACACCCAAAGCAAAUGUGGGACAACAAAAAGAAUGUGUCGUCGAGGCCGAAGUCCUGUGAAGUCCCGGGAAUCAAUAUAUUUCCAUCACCUGACCAGGAAACGACCUCGUCUCUGAUUCCAGCUGCUCACAACACAGGGGGGUCUCUGCCAGACCUGACAAACAUCCACUUCCCUCCUCCUCUCCCCACCCCGCUGGACCCUGAAGACUCGUCCUUCCCAGUUCUGAGCUCCUCCAGCAGCACUGGCAACCUGGCAGCCACCCUCACCCACCUGGGCAUCACCACUGCUAAUCAAGUGGUUACAACAUCACAGGCAACACUAAGUGGAUCCGGCCAGCAUCGUCAGCAGGCAGUGGGGCCGCUAUCCCUGAACACAGACUCCAGGAGACAGCCACCCCAGCAACUCUCCCCCCCUCUAACCAUCUCCCAGGCUAUCGCGAUGGAGGCUCUGACCCUGGAGCAGCAGCUCCCUCUCUACACCUUCUUCACCCAGCCCAGCUCACAGGCCCACACCCAGGUAGUGAGCGGCCUGCAGCAGCACAGGCUAGUGCAGCUCCCCGCCCUGUCUGUUUGCACCACAUCCACCCUGCCCCAGUCUCCUCCGGGCAGCCAGACGCAGACAUCCGUGGGCAUCGACAUCAAUUCGGCUUCACUCCAGCAGUACCGCAGUAAUGCUGGGUCGCCAGCCAACCAGUCUCCCACCUCUCCUGUCUCCAAUCAAGGCUUCUCUCCUGGCAGCUCCCCUCAACACACUUCAAUCCUUGGCAGCAUCUUUGGGGAUUCGUACUAUGAUCAGCAACUCACGGCCCGGCAGACGAAUGCUCUGUCCCACCAGCAGCCGGCAGCUCACAUCCACUGUGGAACUCCUGGGUGUAAAGAGGUGAUUGGCUUGGGGAUCGGAGGAUGCCCUCUGACCUUCAGUUUGUGGGGAGCUGCGCUGGAACAGUUCAAUAUGAUUGAGAAUCCUGUCAGCGCCAAUAACCUGUACAGCCAGUGUUCCACCCUGAACUACUCCCAGGCAACCAUGAUGGGCCUGACAGGGAGUCAUGGGAGUCUACAAGAUUCACAGCAACUGAGUUACAUGAGCCACGGAAACAUCCCCAACAUCAUAUUGACAGUUACAGGAGAGUCUCCUCCCAGCUUGUCUAAGGAACUAACCAACUCGCUGGCAGGGGUCGGUGACGUCAGCUUUGAUGCAGACUCCCACUUCCCUCUGGACGAACUGAAAAUCGACCCUUUGACCCUCGACGGACUUCACAUGCUCAAUGACCCAGACAUGGUCCUUGCAGACCCCGCCACAGAGGACACGUUCAGAAUGGACCGGCUGUAGCAUGGGACCACCCGUGGAAGGGGCCAGGGAACAGCGCCCCUUGCAGGUUCUGAGAAGAAUAGCAACCCAACUGAUUGGUCAGAUGUGUUUGAAUGGUGUGCCACUGUUGAUAGUGGCAGCUCUGUCAUGUACAAUGAAUUUAAGCUUCUUGUUCUGAGCUUAUUUUGCCACAGCGCUCAGUUUAGCGCUUGCCAUUUGUCCCUCGUCGCAGCUGAUGAACGGGAGAUUCUGCAUCGCCCAGACUUAAACACGCUUUUAAGGUUGUCGAUUUGUAUUUUGCAUCAGAUUGAGCUUUGAUCUGGCUGAAAUCAGUUAAAAAAAAAAAAAAAAUCCCAAUUUAAAAAUGAUGGCAAUGUGUAUAUAAUUCUUUUCAUGACGUCUUACGUUGACCAGAUGUGUCCAGGCUGCAAUUUAAGAUGUGCAACUUCUAUCGACACCCACAUGUUCUUAACUGCUGUGUUGUAUGCUUUUGUUAUUUAUUUGCCAUUAUUUGUUACGUUUUGAAUUGACCAGCAUUCACUGCCUAUUUUUGUACCCUGCCAAACUAUUCAAUGUGAAUAGUCAUAUUUUAUUUUUAUUUUUUACUAUUUAUUUAAAAUCUACCAGCACUGGUCAACAUUUCUUUCUCUUUUUUUUAUUUUUAAGCACAAGGAGUACUAAACCUCCCCAUAGUUAAUAUUUUUGGUUCUAAAAACAGAUGUCAUGCUUAAAAUGAAACAGCACUUGUACACGUUUUAGUUUUGUAAUCCGACUAGUUUACUUUGCAGUCUACGCAGCAGAAUUAAAGGGAAUCCUUACGAUUUGUAUUAUUUUUAUAUUUGGACAAAUUCUAAAAUGUAAAUGCUACUAUAAGGUGUAAAACGAUACACUACAGCGAUGAAAACCAACUACAAUGAGUCACUGUGAUCACCCGAGUUUGCCUUAAGUAGUGAGUUUUUUGUCCGUUAGAUAAUGGGAAGAAUAUUUUCGUAAAAAAAUUGUUUUAAAUAAAAAUGUAAUUGGUGAUGAGGCAACAAAAUCUUACUCACUCUUUGCCGAGUCUAUUUUUUUACUUGCACACUAAAAGGGAUUAUGUGCAAUCCUUAAGGAAGCAUCAUGGUUGAAACUUUAACCAGCAUUCGGGAGGGGGAGGGUUAUUACUCCUUGGGAUGUCUCACUGAUAAGACAUCAGGAAGGGUGAGGCUUAUCCAGCAGGGCACCAUUACUGAUCACUACUGAGGCGAAUGUUUUGCAGUCAGUUGCAUCAUUUUUGUAUUCUGUGCAGGACAGAUUUAAUAAGCUUUGACUCUUUAAAAAAAACUGAAAAAAAUAACUGAAAAAAGAAUAAAACUGUAAUGAUACAAACAUUUAGAAAAAGACUUCUAAAUGAAACAUUUGCCAUUGUAUUUCUAAAUUUAGCACAGUAUUAAUAGCUAUGAUGAUAACUUUGAGUAAGUAGCUUGAAAUGUCAUUUCAGUGUUUUUUGGGUUUUUUUCACACAUUUGCCUCACUAUUUUGUGGUGUUUGCAAUGAAGCUGCCAGCACUGCAAACUGUCUGUGAGUAGGGGGAUUUGAAAGGUCACGUUGUCACAUGAUUUGAAUGGAAUAAGAAGGCUGUUCAGUCCUGGCAUUUAGAGUAAUCCAGACAAUCUUAAAGCCAGGCAGAUUUAGAGCAAUGAUGACAACUCUGAACCACUCACAAUGAUUGCAGAUACCCUCAGAUAGUGAAGGCAAUGUAAAAAAAAAGAGAUUGAAAUGACACUAGAAGCUACUUGCUCUUUAAAACGGCUCAUUUUUGCAUUAAAUGCUACAAAGCCAUUUGGAUAGAUUUUCUUCUGAAAUGUAAAACCGUUUUGUAGAGUACUAUUCAAAACGUUUUUUUUCAUUGAAUUUAUUGAGUUUCCUUUCAAAUUUCAGAAUGUAAUGUAAAUGUUUUAUACACUACUGUAGAUAAAAUGGCAGAGAUUUUAUCUUCAUGAAAGUCCACCUCUGCUGAUCACUAUAAAACACUAAGGGCUGGUUUCACAGACCUGGAUUCGCACUAGUCUUGAACUUCCUUACCUAAAGUAACAUCGUUCAGUACUAACCAGGGUCACAAUAGAAGUCAUUGAAUUUUUCAAGAUUGUUAGAUAUUACAGUUUAGACUAUCAACUUUAAAAUGCAUCUGUAACUUCUGAACACAAAUUGUUACUUUUGACAACGUUUUUUGAUGGAAAAAUGCAAGCAAAUCAUUCUCAAUUUCUUUAAUCAGUUAUUUUAAAAAAUCCUUUCUCAACAAUCUUGCACACACUUUUAAUACUAGCUGUUACUAAGUUUGUAACAUUGCCAGUUGUAUUUUGCUUUUACAAACAGUUGUGCAAAGUGGGCUUCAGAGUAAAGUGUAAAUCUGGUCCUGUGUCUUUCGUGCCAUUUCAAAUGGUUAGCACUGUUAUGUUUGUCCUGCAGAAAACAAUGCAUAAAGCUUUGACAUAAUGCAUUACAAUGCUGUUAAUACAUAGCUUAUAUAGUAGGAUGGGACUGAGUGAAACCGUAUGCAUACAUUUUAAUAGGGAAAUAUGCAGAGACCAGUAUAUUGCAUUCCUCAGGAAUGAAAUCAAUAUACCUUUCCGUAACAUAUGGAAACUGGCACUUUGUUAAGAUUGCUGGAUUAGCAGUAUAGGGGCAGUGUCCCAACCAGAAUGUAUUUAUUUGUUAUCUUAAACCUAAGGUAAGGUCUCUGUUACAUCUGUAAGACCCAAAGGUGGACCUGUUUCUAAGAUUUAUGUACAAAACUGUACAUGAUGAGUCAGUGUGUGUGUAUUUAUAUAGCUAUAUCUAUCUAUCUAUAUAUAUAAACCAUAUUGCAGCAGUUUCUCCCCUUAUUUUCAAUCUGAAAACUUUCCGAAGGUGAGCCAGUGUUGUGUUCCCUCAAUGGCUUUGUCUUUUUGCAUCUGUGACACCAGUGGUGCAGCAUUAAACCUAAGAGGGUCAUGGAUUGAUUUCAUGUUUUUAAAAGACUGUUAACUGUUGCAUUUCUAACCCAUUAGUUAACAUUAUAAUUCGAUUACAGUAGCCAGCGACCUAGGGAUAUAGGUGUAUAAACGCAUGAAUGUAUUUAUGUAUUUAUCUAUGUAUGAACAGUACCAACACAAAUUAUGGAAACCACUGAUUUACUGAACUUGGGGUGUGGAUUUUAUUGCCCAUUUUUCCUCGCUCAAACCCCUUACUAAUAUCUUGGUAUACCUGAAUAGGUAAUCUCUUCAAAACUAUGCAUAAUAUUUUAAUAACAAUUCAUCUCACCUGGUACCCCGGAAAAAAUAUCUUUCUCGGAAAGCCGUGCAACUGGGCAUGGGCAGUUUACUGCCAGGUAACCUCAUUCGGGCUACUUCACAUACUAAAUAUCUUUGUAUCCCUGAAUAGAUAAUAUUAUUUUAAUGAGCACUCUGUCCACACAGUGUUACCCCAAAAUAUGACCCACCUACUACCUUUGUAUGUAUGUAUGUAUGUAUUUAUCUGUCAUGCAUACCCUCCAACAAUUCAUAUAUUGAUAUCCUUAAAUAUAAAAUCAUUACUUCUUAAAAACACGCAGGUUAUUUCAACUGAGCAAUCUGCCUCACACAAUUUAUACCAAUACAGAAUUACAGUUGGGCAUUUUUACUCCAAAAAACGGUAUUGCAAAAAUGAGUCUCGCCUUCUCCCCCUGUGCGAGCUUCCCUGCUGACCUCUGUUUUAACUAAUGUGAGGCAAAACACUGUUAGAUUAGUCUUUGAAAACAUCUUCUGUAUGAAAAUACAAUAAUAGUUAUACUGUGGCACAAGAGUAAUGGGUUAAUUUUAAAGUUUAAAUUUAAAAUGUUUCUUUUAGAUGAAUAAAGUCCAACCCCUUAAGCAGCUACUCACUGGGAUCAGAAAAUAAUCUUGACUUCCUUGAGGGUUUAAUGUUGAAACUGAAUACCGUGGACUCCCCCCUCGUCCUAUUUACCACCCCACCCCACCCCCCACCCCCCACCCCUUGUGCAGCUGACUGUUUGUUUUUUUAAUAGUUCAGAAUUCUUCUUGGGAAUUGCCUUGCCUGAAAUGUUGCUAUUGAUUACAUAGGGCUAGUUUACCCUGCUCUGUGUGUGUGUC